CGCUGCCCGAGAGCUUGCUUUUUAUGCAGAGCAAGACACCGACAUAUUUAGCAGGUCUGAAGCUUGUUCGGGGCGGCGACCGUAUUUCUUGUGUGCGGUGUAUUGUGGCUUGGUCAGUUUUUCGUCCUUCUUGGAUAUUUUUUUUUUAUGAUCGGGAUUUUUGAGUUUGGGUCAACGAUCGCCCCGGGGGUCAGUUGUUUGUUUUUUCACAGUUUGAUCUGCUAGCGUGGUAGUGGUAACCACGGCGCUAGCGGAGGGCUAGACAAGGAGUCGGGCAGGUGCGUCGUGCCGGUCUCUCGGUCGCAACAUUCGCCAUCAUAGCCAUGGGUUGUACUCUGAGUGCCGAGGAACGGGCCGCCAUGGAGCGGAGCAAGGCCAUCGAGAAAAACUUAAAAGAAGAUGGCAUGCAAGCAGCCAAGGAUAUAAAACUUCUACUUUUAGGUGCUGGUGAAUCUGGAAAAAGUACCGUCGUCAAGCAAAUGAAAAUUAUCCACGAAGGUGGCUUCACCAGCGAAGACAACAAACAAUACAAGCCUGUGGUAUACAGCAACACCAUACAGUCACUAGUGGCCAUCAUUCGGGCUAUGGGAACACUUAGCUUACCUUUUGGUGAUAAUGAAAGGGAGUCUGACGCUAAGAUGGUCUUAGAUGUUAUAGCUAGAAUGGAGGACACAGAGCCAUUCUCAGAGGAGUUGCUUGCAGCCAUGAAAAGAUUGUGGGUUGACUCUGGUGUGCAGGAGUGCUUAGGUCGUGCUAAUGAGUAUCAGCUCAAUGACUCUGCCAAAUAUUUUUUAGGUGAUUUAGACCGUUUAGGUGCAAAAGAUUACAUGCCAACUGAGCAGGAUAUCUUGAGGACAAGAGUUAAAACAACUGGCAUAGUUGAAGUCCAUUUCUCAUUUAAAAAUUUCAAUUUUAAAUUAUUUGAUGUGGGUGGGCAGAGAUCUGAAAGAAAGAAAUGGAUACAUUGUUUUGAAGAUGUGACAGCCAUUAUAUUUUGUGUUGCUAUGAGUGAAUAUGACCAAGUCUUACAUGAAGAUGAAACAACAAAUCGAAUGCAGGAGAGCUUGAAAUUGUUUGAUUCCAUCUGCAACAACAAGUGGUUCACAGAAACCUCUAUUAUUCUGUUUCUCAACAAGAAAGAUCUCUUCGAGGAAAAAAUCAAGAAGUCCCCAUUAACAAUAUGUUUCCCUGAAUAUACAGGUAAGCAAAUGUAUCAAGAGGCCUCUGCAUACAUAGAAGCACAGUUUGAAGCUAAAAAUAAAAGCUCAGCGAAGGUAAUCUACUGUCAUCAAACAUGCGCUACAGACACUAACAACAUUCACUACGUCUUUGACGCUGUUACGGAUGUCAUUUGUGCAUACAACCUAAGGGGUUGUGGGCUCUACUGAACACUCCAUUUCAUUUAUCUAUUUUCCUUUUGUUUGACUCACAAGGACAGAGAUAUGAAUAAAUGUUGUUCUAAUGGGGAAAGGAUGCGAGUAAGGCAAGGGAAGCAACCUGAUGCACUGGCCUUCUGGAGCGUUAGUAGAAUAUAAUGACCAACAUUGGCUUUAAAUGUGAACAAAAACAGUGUUUUCAAUGUUCUGACCUGAUGCUGUUUUAGCCAAGAGGACACACCUAUCAUAAACUGUGUGCUAGAGGUAUUGAAAUAUAAGCUCACCUAGAUU